UUUCUCUCGGUGGCCUAUAUAACAGAGGCCUGGGAAGUGGGAAGAGAGCGUUCUAGGGUUUAUCACUGUUCUGCAUGUCGCGAAAGGACCUCGGAAAUAAGUGAAGGGAGAUCUCUGCAAUAACCCUAAAUCUGGUUUUAACGAGAAUUCGAAGUUUGGGCUAGAGGUCGAACUCUUCUGUGUAGUGUGUUGAAUCUCGGUAUAGAACAACUGUGCAUGGCUACUGCCGAGCCAGCUUCAGCUUCUCUGGGCCCUCGAUAUGCACCUGAUGACCCAACUCUUCCAAAGCCAUGGAAAGGGUUGAUUGACGGAAGCACCGGCUUUCCAUACUUUUGGAAUCCUGAAACUAACAUCACUCAGUAUGAAAGACCUGCUAGUUUAACGCCACAAUUGCCACCCGUCCUCCCUUCCACAGCUUCUGUGCCAAAGCUGGCUCCCACACCCAUGGCCUGGACAAUGCAGGCCCAGCAACUGACUCAAUCCACACAUCAGCAGGGACAACAAAUGAUCCAAGUUGCACAACAGCCUGGACAAUUACUGCCAGAGCAGGCUGUCCAACAAAUCACUCAGACUCAACAGCAGGGUCCUCAAAUGGCACAAGCUGCACAAGAAACGUCACAAUUGGCUCAAACUGAACAGCAAGGUCAACUUAUGCAACCGCAGUUUAGGCAGCAGAUGUUACAGCUACCCUUGCAGCAGUUGCCUCCACAGAUGAUGCAGCAAAUGCCUCAACAACUGAGUCAGCAAACGCUGCAAAAUCAAGGGCAGCAAUUUUCACACCAGCAGUAUCAACAAAGUUCACUUUCACCAGGGCUUCAAAUUUCACAAUCGCAGGCACAACAGAUUGCACAUCAACAUGGACCACCGAUUCGACAGCAGCAGGCGCAGCCAAUCCCACAUCAACAGAUGCAGCCAUUCUCUCAUCAUCAAGGGCAGAGAAUGGGGUUUCCUCUUAGAGAGGAAACUGAAUUUCAACAAGGGAAGCAAAUUGCAUUUUUUCCAUCUCAUAUCCAGAACCCGCCUACUGGAUCAAAUUAUGUUCAGUUUCCACAUGUCGGCAUUCAGUCAGCUCAUGCACAACAAUUUGGUAAUUCUUCUGGCAGUACACAAACUGCAUCUUCUUUGGUUCAGAUUCAGCACACUGUAACUGAUCACGUGCACCAGAAACAAAUGGGUGGUUCCAUGGAGAAUCAGGUGGGGUCAACAAUGAUGCAUAGACAACAAUCUGGGGGACCUCCUUAUGCACUGAAAACAGGGUGUGAGAAUCCUCAUGAAUCUGGUGGACCUCGUUAUGGAAUGAGAAUGGGGUAUGAGGAUCCUCAUGGAAGAUCUGGCAAUGAAGUUUACAUUAAUGCCAACAAAGAAGAUCCAGUGAUGGUUCAUCAUAAGCCAAAGUUUGCUGCAGUCCCCAUGGCACAGAAUCAGCAGGUAUGCACAUCCGAUUCUAUUUGAUUUUUGCCUUGUGUCUUUUAGAGCUGGUUUGUAGUGAUGGAGGACUAAUGUACAAAUUUUAUUUGUUUGAGACUUCGAGUGUAGAAGUCUU